AUGGCGCUGCGUGAGGCAGUGCGGGCUGCAGAGCGCGAGGCCCGCUUUGCCAACAAGCGAACACUGGACGCUGAAGCUGCCCGACGACGAGCUGAGAAGCGCCUGCGUGAAGUGAUAGAUCGCCAGGCCGAGACGCUGCCGCUACGCGGCCGCCACUACGGCCUCCCGCCGGACCUGACUACAGCACCCGAUGCGGCCAUGUAUGACUUUAUUAUCGCCGCGCAAGCAAAGCGGGCGGCGAAGAAAGAAGAGCAUGUGCUCGACGUGCUCUCGAUCUCACGCGGGUGGCAGCGCAAGGCGCUCGCGGCAGAGUCUCAGCUUGCGACCGCCCGGUCUGAGGUUACCGAGCUGAAGGCGCAGGUGGCGCGACUCGAGGACCAAGCUCGCAUCUCCCAGCUCCACAGCACCGAGUUUGCCGAGGCCGAGGCCGAGGCCGAGGCUCUUGCCGCCGAGCUGGCGACAGUGUCGGAAGCGCAUGCAGCACUGCUCAACGAUGUCCGAGCGCUGCACGAGGAGAGCGCGGCGUGCGAGACGCGCCAUGCGAUCCAGCUCGCCGAAGCACGCGAGGCUGGCGAGGCGAGCGCGGCGGCCAGGCUGCGCGAUGAGAGGCGCGGGAGAACGAGGCUAUCCGCCUGCGGACCAUCGCGGCACAGCUGA